AUGGUGUCAAAGUAUCGCCUGGCAGUGACUGCGGGGCUAGACUACGAACCCGCGACGCAUAAACCAGUCGAGGUCAACGGCCAGACAUUGCGACUAGACGAUGACCGCGCAACAUUCGACCUGAAUGUUCGCAUCCAGGACUACACCGGAUAUCCCGACUCUUCUCCCAAAACAAGUCCCUACUUCCAGCAUCCCCUCCACACCAAUGACCAGUAUUCGAUCUGUUUCUCCUUCACACCAAAGCAAAAUAUCAGUGGCAAUGACCUGCUCUUCGGAAACGAUUUCGAUAAACCCCUUCGCAACCGUCUACCCCCGGGCUUCAAUGCGGCCCUGCGCGUGGUGAAAUGGACCAUCGAUCCGUCCCUCGAUGGCGAUGCUUACGCCGACAAGCCUUAUUUGUACAGUCCGGCUCUGGCAACGUGGAACCAGUUCCGUAUUGGCGACAAGGAUAAGAAGCAUGAUGUUCUGAUGGAGAAAGAUUACGUUGUUGAAGAGGGCGCUGAGGGUCAAGGUGCGGAGCAACGCAGUCAGCUUCAGAUUCCGGAUACUCCGAACGAGCGCCGGAAGUACUUCCAGAAGGAGGACCAUCGCACUUCUUUCGAGUUUGAGAGUGGGAGGACGUAUCUGGCUGAUUUUGGCAAUCAAUAUCUGUCAUUUAGUGAAACCGCGAUCCGUCUUCCAGGUAUACACAUUCCAGUUGUGGGUAUGGUGGAUGAAGAUAAUCAUGAGCUCCGAUACGUUCUGAAAGAUUCCAAGACGGGUCGCGCGUACCUAGUCGUAUGCUUCAUACUCGUUAAACGGGAGGAUGCAGAGGUCGGCAAGCAGGGACAACAAAGUUAG